CUACGCACUCCCGCGGCCUUGCCGAACCCCGCGGCCUUGCCGAACCGGCGCGAAGAUCCGCCAUGGAGCCGAAGGCGAGAUGAGCUCAUGCCGCCCAGGAAGCUACGGGAGUUCAGCGUGGUGGUGGCCUUGGCCACGCUGAUCCUGGUGGCUUUCUGUAUUUUCUUCGUUCAGGUGGAGAACGAUCUUCAACCUGUGGCUUCGCCACCGUUUCGCUUCUCGGUGAAGCUCGCUCGGCUCCGAGCCAAGCCCAAGGAGACGAGGAUUCCUCAGCAACUGGUCCUGACGUCCAAGGAUGGCUCCAUCAAUUCCCUCCCGGUGGCAGUGCAGCGGAAUGUGCGGCAUACGAUGGCACUGAACCCUUGGGUCAAGGUGCGCUUUUUGGGCGACCAGGACUGCGAACGUUACUUGCUGCAGCACUUCAACCAUACUCAGCUCCCCCUUUUCUUCAAUCAGGAGACCAGGGGCUCCUAUCGGAGUGAUGUGUGCCGAGCGGCGGUGCUGGCGCGUGAAGGCGGCUUCUACACGGACUUGGACGUGGAAAUGAAAUGGAAGUUCGAGGACCUGGCCGGCAACGCGACCACCUUCUUGGCGAGCUGGACGGAGGAUGGCUCCGUGUUGAAUGCCAUGAUGGGCUGCACAGCCAACUCCUCCUUCAUGCUGGAAGUGAUAGAGCAACUCCUGAGAUUCUACAAGGGAGAGCCCGUGGAGCGCUAUGGGAGCACCAGCGAGUGGAUGGGCCCGGUGACCGCCUUGGCGGGGCUCAAGGCGCGGAUGCGACCGGCGCUGACAGAGCGACUGUCACGGGGCGCGUGGGGCGGCGACAGACCGGCUGGAGAGUGCCUGAUGAUGUAGACGUUUGAAUCUGACAAAGGCUUCCCAAGUGAGGAGGGGUGACACUCCAAAUGGGGGUCGCCAUAACAUGCGACAAGGGAUGGUGUAGAAGCGCCCAGGACCCGCAAGUGAGUGCAUCCAAAUGGGGGUGGUCUUGAUUGAUCAAGAGUCUUAAAAGUCAGCUGCUGGUGCUUUUGUUCAUGGGAUUUAUUUGGUUGACGUAUAUAUACCUGGGGCUUCAAUUGUAACCUUUUUUUCUGCUACGAGAAAUUUACAAACGUUUGAUCCAAUAAGUGCGACCUAUAGGAAAAAACGCUCGACCUUAAAAAAAACGUUCGAAAGGGUUAGUUGGAGAUGAUGAACAUCGUGCACAUCACUGUCGACAUCAACUUGGACACAAUCAGUGUGCCAGGCGCUCAGCAUCGCUCAGCAUCUCAUCGCAUUUUUGCUGCACUCA